AACCCCACUACCAUGAAGGUGUUCGUUGUACUGGCUUUGGCUCUGGCCGCCGUCUCCGCCGAGACUGUUAAGCAGGUCCACCCCAAGGAUCUGCCCAAGGACUCCAAGAUCAAUGGCCGCAUUGUGAACGGAUAUCCGGCCACCGAAGGCAAGGCUCCCUACACCGUGGGUCUGGAAUUCAACAAUCCAGGCGGCGGCUGGUGGUGCGGUGGCUCCAUCAUCGCCCACGACUGGAUUCUGACUGCCGCCCACUGCACCGACAACACCGAGCAGGUGAAGAUCUUCUACGGAGCCACCUGGCACUUCAACGCCCAGUUCACCCAGAUCGUCAGCAACAGCGAGAUCAUCCAGAACCCCAAGUGGCCGCACGAAAAUGGCAACGACAUCUCAUUGGUUCGCAUGCCCCACGUGGAUUUCUAUAACAUGGUCGACAAGGUGGAGCUCCCGAGCUUCAACGAUCGCUACAACAUGUACGCCGACUGGUGGGCCGUCGCCUGCGGCUGGGGCAUGACCACUGCCGGAUCCCAGCCAGAUUGGAUGGAGUGCGUCGACCUGCAGAUCAUCAGCAAUGCUGAGUGCUCCACCGUAUAUGGCGCACUUCCCGAAGGCAUCCUCUGUGUGUCCACCACCGGUGGCAAGUCCACCUGCUCCGGCGACUCCGGUGGCCCUCUGGUUCUCCACGACGGCGGCAAGCUGGUGGGAGUCACUUCCUGGGUCGCCGGCAACGGAUGCACCGCUGGUCUGCCCUCCGGAUUCACCCGCGUCACCAGCCAGCUGGAAUGGAUCCGCGACAACUCCGGAGUCGCUUACUACUAA